AUGGCAGACCCCCCAAAGGGCGCAUCGCCCAUCACGCAUCCGCCGCCUACGGAUCGGGGCCACCCGCUCCCACGGCGAGCAUCACCUGAACAGUCCGUCACCCUCCGUCAUCACAGACUCGCCCGUGAUGCGACUAUGAAGGCCACCGGCGCUGGCCCGGGUCCCGAGCAGCACAGCUCGCCCCGCAGAAACUCGUCUGGCGAGAGCCACGACGCCAACGACCCAAAGCGCUGGUUUGACCGCUCCAACAAGAAUCCAAAGCAGACCUUUGACCCCAAUAAUAUGGAUGUCGACCCCCCAUUUUUCCAGAAAGAGAGCGGUGAGUCGUCCAACGACGACUCUCGCUUCCCCCUGGCUGAUAAGCCUCCCUCGUACCCUUAUGCUCCUGGAAUGCUCGGCCACCCCUCGAUCUUCCGUCGCACAACUACGCAGAGUAGCAGUGCCGACGACUACCGGAGCGUUAUUGAUGAUCUGACCAUCGAGAACAAGAAGUUGAAGGAGGAGUUGAAGAGGUACAAGCAGUUCGGGCCCGACCUUAUGCGGAGGGACAAGCUCUUCGAGAUCAAGGUGCACGGGCUUCCGGGACGGAAAAAGCGCGAGCUCGAGGCGACGCUGCGCGACUUUGCUGCAGGGUUGGAAGGCGAUUCAAGCGUGGGUGCUUCCUCGCAGAAGCACAAAUCUGCGAAGCAUGCCAAGCGCAUGCAGUCUUCGCGGGGCUCCAUGUCGAAGCAUGCGUCGUCUUCGUCUUCCCACUCGCGCCCCGUUGACUCGGCUUAUGCGUCUGCCUCGACUGGCCCCCAUUCCUCGGGCGUCUCGAUGUCUCGGCCUUCGAUGAGCUCGCGAGCCAGAUCCUCGGAGCAAAAGGUGGAGCACUAUCUCGAGGACAUCCCGGACGGCCUCUACCCUCAGCAUCUGUCGAUGACCGACAGAGAGAAGAAGAAGAUCGUCGUCAAGAAGUUGGAGCAGCUGUUCACUGGUAAGAUCAGCCCCUACCGAGCAGCGUCCCGGAACCAGUCGGCCCCUUCGAUGGAGGGCGUGCAGCCAACGAGCUCCUCCAACAUCGCUAUCCCUCCCAGCCUCGAGGCUUCGAGAGAGGCUCGUAUGCAGCCGCAAGCCAAGAAAUCCAAGUCGCGCGAGAACAUGUCUCGGGAAAAUGUAUCGGGCUCCAACAACUCAAAUGGGGACCAAUCCGAGUCUCGCGGCAACGGAAAUGGGAAUGGCAGCGGGAGCGGCAGCGGCAGCGCUGAAAAAAGCGGUGGAUUUAACAAUUCCCCCCCUAGCGCCGACCUACCAGAACAACGGCCGACUCGGCCCCGUGACCUCGACCCGGACCGGAUGCAGGUACCAGCCGACAACGUGGACUACAUCCGUCACCUGGGUCUUGUGCCACCCGAGCUUCUGAACGGGACCAAGACCGACCCCCAGGAUGUGUCGAUGGACGCCGACGGCUGGGUGUACUUGAACCUCCUCUCCAACCUGGCUCAAUUGCACAUCCUGAAUGUGCCACCUUUACUGAUCCGCGAGGCCGUCAGCGAGAAAAGUACAAAGUUUCAACUGUCUCCGGAUGGUCGAAAAGUCCGCUGGCGCGGCGGCACUGAUGGCACCAAGUUUAGUAGCGACAGUGGCGGUGGAGACUGCUUGACGUGCAGCUCGACUGAUGAUGAGGACGGCUCGGACAAGAAUGGGCAGCGCAAGCGACGCAAAGUGGGUGCUUCGGGUGACGACCUGACUACUUCGGGGGGUUCGGGUCGCCCUGGUGGUGCCGCCUCUUCAAGAUUUCACUACAAGCCCCUCUUCGUCCACCAGUCAUCCUCGGAGGAGACCUCGUUUGACGAAGCUGGAUCCGGCUCGGAAGAACAGGUCGAAGACAGCAACAUGGGUACGCUCUCGCGGUGGAACUACAGCGGCUCAGGUUCCUCGCCCCGCAAGAGGCGCCGGGUCGAUGGCGCUAUCGUCUACUACAACGGGGCCCCGUUCUGCAUUGAUCUCUCUGGAGACCCUGCAGCGGGCGAGACCAGCCCAACCACCUACAUGACUUCCACUGGCCCGCAGGAGUCGGAAGAAUCGUUCCGGCCAACCACGGUCCGGUCACUCUCCGGCUCGUCCAUCCCCUAUCGGCCGCUCACUGAUAGGGCGUCCAAGCCGGCAAUGGAAGCGGACCCGGACAACGUGCCUGAGCUUACUACUGACGAGUCGGACAUGAGCGACAUCGACAGCGAGUUUCCUUGGUGCGAUGGUCUGCACCUUCCACAUACGAAGCCCUUCGGGCCAACACUCGAGCCAUCGGGUGUCGGCCGGGUCUUCCCGGAUGACCAUUUCGCGGUCAUCGUAUCUACCCGCCGGCCACGAUUCCAGGUCAAGGGCAACGGCGUCAACCCUCGCCCGACAUUUUAUCGACAUGCAUCGGACGGCACGGCGGACUCUGUCACUGGGCUGAUGGCGGCAAUGUCCACGUCCUCUCCCCAGCCGCCAGCACUAUUAAAGAACGGUACACUUGUGGUGGAGAUCGAGUAUGUGACUGGAAAGAUUCGCAAGUUCGACCCGGUACCGCUGCCACCCCCUGCGACGUUCUACCCGCCGUUCACGUCGACUUCGGAUUCCGAGGGCGACAGCGACCUGGACUCUGGAGAAGAGGCGGAUGGCGACGAAGAGGUCCUCACGUCCUCGGCCGAGGAGCUGAUCUCGAGGAAAGCCAACCCUCACAACUCGGACAACACGUAUCCCGAAGGCAUGGAUCUCACCUCUGCCGACGAGGAAGACGAGAUCGGACCCGAGCACCGUGGUGACAGCGUUUCGCCCGACCUCAACAACCCCGGGCUGGACGAACUCCGCCCAUCCCUUGGUGUACGGGCUGAUGGCAGUGCCAGCGGUACCAAGAGUGGUGAUCUGCUGCCCACUGGUAGCUCUGUCGCUACUGCUGGCGGGGAGGAGAGCGGCUACAGCAGCAGCGCCGAGGAUAGUUGA